UGACGGCCCGAGCGGCUCCGAGCUCGUGCAACAAUACAUUGAAACUUGCACCGAGACGGGCUGCGCGGAUCUCCUCGACGGGAUGUUCGCGCGCGUCGUGGACGUAUCACGCAUGACCGAGGACGAGAAGCAGGACUGCGCGCGAGAGGUGCUCGUGCCUCUCACGGUGUACCUGCUGAGCCGGAACCCCAAAACGCUCCCUGCCGUGUUCGACAAGCUCCAGCGUCGCACGCUACGGUUUUUCUUGGACUGGAUUGCCGCGGAACCGGAUGCCUUCACGCGGGAAGCUGCAAAGCAGCUGUUUGACGCGAGCGUUGUCUACUGCGACCCAUCGCUCUUUGUAACCACGGUCGUACCGCGAUUAGAAGCUACGAAGCUGUCUGUCUCUGCCGUUCAAGCCAUCGUCGACGAACUGCAAGAACGUCGUGUCGCCAAGCGCUUCGUGUACCCAAAAGGCUACAAAGCAUGCAAACUGAGCGAAGUCGCGACAGUUCUUCAGGAACGUCUCAAGCGGCUCGCGAAUGCUCAAUUUCAGCGCAGUGCGGGGAGUGCCUUAGUGCCUCCCGCCGCCCGCUCGAAGAGGAAGCUGUCUACAGACCAUACAGACCAGGUCGACUGUGUUACGCCACAGAAAAGGCGACUAGUCGUCAUAAACGAUCCCGACUAUCAGGAUAUCCUUGAUCUACCCUAUUAAAAUUUAUAACUUUGAGCGAUUCACGGACUUGAUUACUAUAUUUUUUUCGGCACGUCUUUGUGUACGUUUAUAAUUUCAGCGUAUAAUGCACAGAAGCGCUAUAAUC